AUGGCUGUCCUAGCGAGUGAAAACCUUGCGAGCGAGCUGGUCGAUCUGAACGAGACGAGAAAAGCGGUGGAAAAUGCGGAAAAUCGUGCUCGUUUGGUGCAGAGGAAAAGCGACUUGAAAAUUGGCCGUCGAAACAACCGGGAAUAUGCUCAGGCUCUUCAUCGGGAGGCUGAUAAGCUCUAUCGCAGCGGUGAUUACGAGACGGCAUUGGUACUGUACCAUCGUGCCGCGAACUUGUUUCCUCGGGACAGUACUCACAGCGUGGCAGCCAGGAGAACAUCGGCGACGAUAAGCUCCUGCAAUAAUCCGUCGAAAGCUCUUCGAAAGGCUUUACCGAGCGUGAACAACGGCGAACGAUUAACCGUCAGCCUCUGCCCGGAAACGGCCGCCAUUCUGGCGAACGACAGGCUGAAGAAGUCGCCGAAUCCGACGUCGGUGGCUGAGAUUUUAAGUUACUUUGACGCCCAUAAGAGCCUAUGGAAGACCCUGCCGUCUCCCCGACCGUUCAAUGCCUUGGCAAGAAACAAAUCGAUGCUGAGGAAACAGCAGCUGGCCGAUCAAUCGUUAACCAACUUACGGACUGCCUUCGAUUCCGGCAAAAUGACUGCGGCACUGAAGAUAGCCCAGGAAUUGCUGCUCCUAUCGGCAGGAUUUCAAGACCCGACUCGUUAUCAGAUAGCCGCUUAUCACUAUUUAUCCCUGAUCCACGUCGCUCUUCACAGACACGAUCGAGCGGUGAGCAACGUUGCUCGACUGGUGCGUCUAUGCAAGAGCACCGGCGAUCAGUCACAGAUCUACAAAUCAUUCGUCACUCUGGGAAAAGUGCAUCUAAGUUUUGGACACCUGGAGGCCGCUGCCAAGUCCUGGGAACAUUUGUCCAAGGACCUGAAGGAACCUAUUCCGGUAGCCUGGAUCAGGCACGAGAUCGGACGAUGUUAUUUGGAGACUGGAAAGUACAAUCAAGCGAUGGAAAUGGCUGUCGAGUGCGUAGAUGCUGCUGUAAAAGGGAAAUCGAAGAAAUGGUUGCUCUAUGGGAAGCUACUUCUAGGUGUAAGCCUGGCGAAACUUGGUAGAUUCGUAGAAGCGGUGGAGGAGCUGCAGGUAGCCGGGAAGAUCACGGAGGAAGAGGGUGACACUCCCAUGCUGUCCUACAUCCGAAACCUUAUCGAUCAGGUGGCGCACGCCCUGCAAAGUAACCCGUUCGGCAGCGACCAGUUUAAACAGCCAACAGCUGCCUCCUCCCGUGACGAACAACCGAGACGAUCCGGUAUGUUCGUCAGUCGCGAACAGACCGUGAUAACCACCAUGUUCACUCAGAGAAUGAUCACCGAGUACCAGGAUGAUUCGGCCAGCGACCGAUCUCUGGACGAGGAGAUAACCAGUCCGGUAAAAUCUCAUCAAGAAAGCCAAGAACCGUCGGUUCCGAACGAAGAUGAGCUACCAAGAGGAGACAUAACUUUCAGGAAAGCAAGUUUUUCCGAAGGACAAGACCAUUCUUCGUCAUCCUCCGCGUCGUCUUCGUCUUUUUCUACCGACAAACUUCGCGAAGUAGAGGAGGAAGAAGAAAUUUCGGAGGACGUUCAAGACGAAGAAGGGCUGAGGUGUACUAGCAGUAAAACUUCUUUCAAGAGCGCCAACACUACGGCUACCUACGUGAUCGAAGGCGGAGACUCGAAGGUAGAGAAGGAAGAGGAAAAAGGGACAGUCGGGAUGAUCGAUGAAGCGUGCAAGAGCGAAGGUUCGAAGAGCGAUCAAGAUCUAGAGAACGGACUCUUCAGCGAAGUGAUUGACCGGUUAGACAAGAUGGAACACGUGGAGCUUGUCAGACUCCUGCAGAAGGAGUUACUCGAGGAAGAUUGGUCCGACGAUUUCAGGGAUUCGGGGGACGCCGAUAGAGAGAAGUCGAGGACACCGAGAUCCUGUCAAGAUAGCAAGAACAAGAUUCUAACGAAUCAUUGA